AAAAAGUGUUGGCCUGGCCCCUGGUGUGUGUGGUUUGCUGCUGCUGUGUGGCGCUGAAACGCCGCUCUCUGCCUGCGUCGAAAUUGGGAACACCGUGAUUCGCUGGUGUUGGUAGUUUCGGUGCCACAUACGCCCUUCGCGCUGGUGACCGAAACGGUGGAAUGUGGUUCCUUUUUCCCCAAAUCGCCCAUUUCCGGCCACUGCUCUGCCGGACAGGGGCGAAAAUUUGGCACGAAAAGUUGCAUUUGCGAGCCGCCUACCCCGAUGCGACGACGUGUGCCUUGUGUGCUUGUGUGCGUGCGUGCGUGCGCGCGCGCCCGCGUACGUGUUUGUGUAUGUGUGUGUGUGAGAGAGAGUGUGUGGCAGCGUAGAGUUUGAAUGUGAAACGAUAUGCUUGUGUGAAUGUGUGCGUGUGUGUAUGCGCACGCAAGAGGAUCAAGUGUGUCCCAUGCUAAAUAUGCUGCUUCCCUUCCCUUUUUUCCCGAUCUGCUGAGAAUGAUGAACUGCCAGAAUUUGUACGGAAAUGGAACCGCCGCCUUUUUUGGAAGGGCAUAUAAGCAUCGUGUGCGGUGGGAGUGUUGUUGCGAGGACCGGAGGAAGGCGAAGCAUAUAGCCUCACAUUGAAGGCGUUGUUACGUGUGCCGCCGCGUUCGGACGGGUCCGCAGAUCUGGUGGAUGCCCCCAACUUGAAAUGGAAGACUGAAAUUGCAGCAUUGUAGGGGCGAAAUGGGGUGGGGUUGUCGGGGAAGCAGAAGGAAAAUCCUUAUCCACAGGGGACGCAGAGGCGGUCAUCGCGCAAUGAUCGCGCAGAGGUGGGCAGCAGUUAGUGGACGUGAAACGGUGUAGUAGGCUGGGGGAAAGAGUGGGGAGAUAAGGGUAGAUGGAAAGUGCUCCCGAGAAGUAGGGCAGAGAGCGUGUGUGUGCGCCGUAGAAGGUGUUUGAAUGAGGGGGGAAAAGGGGGGUGUGUGUGUAGCGGAAACGGCGGGAAACAUUGGCAAACAGCAAAAGCGAAUGAAAAUACGGCGGUGCUCGGCGCUGGGGAGAAAGAGAGACAGUGCGAAUUACGGCGAGCAUAUAUAUCCUCUCCCCGCGCGCUAGAACGAAGCUGUGUGUGUGUGUGUGUGAAUGUGAUCCAAGCACAAGGAGCAACAUAAUGUAAUGAGAAGAGAAAGAAGAAAAAACACACACCUCCAUCCCAGCAAGCGAGUCGUAGUGCCGAAGCGGUCUCCUCCGCAUACUCAUGCACACAGCCACACGCACACACCUGUGCGCAUGGGAAAGGGGGCUGGGGCGGUUGUGGGGACUGUGUGGGCAUGAAUGGUGGAAGCAAACGGCAAGGGAGAAAGGCAGCACAAAAAUAAUAAGAGAAUCAAGAUAUUAACACAUGAAGAAGCAGCGAAAAAAAACGCUUGAAGCAAUGCAAAAAGUCGCCACUGUUGGACCACGAUGGCAUGCAAAACAUUCAAUCGGUUUACAAGUGCAAGAAGAACGGUGUCUGUGUCGUGUCGAACAGUUUAUUGGUCUGUAGCGCUGAAGCGGUUGUUUGGUGGAGCGAGAAGUAGCGCGAGAGGACAGUGUUUUCCGGUUCCGGUGGACGGUGAAGUUGGCAUCUUGUGUUCGGAAGUGUUGUGUUUUGGGAGUAAAAUUGAAACGUAAAGCGUAAAACAAGCGAGGUGGGGUUCAUACACCCAAGCAUAUAAGAGCUGCGCUCUGGACGCCGGCUUGAGCGGCCCUUCGUAAGGCAAAUUUCGAUUGUAAAGGUGUGGUUACGAACUGUUCAGUAGUGUUGGAGUCGCAAGGAGCACUCCUCUGUUUGUUAUUCGGAGUCCCUGUACACGUGGCUGCGAAGUACGCUGUGUUUUUACUAGAUAUUUUGCAACGAAACGAGCUGAAAACGAGAUCCAUAAAACGUACAGAUAAACAAACAAACAGGCAUAGGAUCACACUACAAGUGGUUUGAGCGAUGAGUGCCCCUGAAGACAGCACUGCGACCGCCCAGCCUGCCCCAGACCAUCAUCAUCAUCAUCUUCAUCAUCAUCACCAUCACCAGCAAAAUGUUGUGUCAGCAGCGGCCACCGCUACCGCCUCGUCUGCAUCAUCGGCGACAGUAGUGGCAGGAGCCACGGCAGUCCCAGCACCGACAAACACUGGCCCGCCCACAGCAGCAACGGCCACGCUGAGUGUACCAGCAGCACCGGCGGCGGAUAUUGUCAGUGCGUCCACAACGCUUCCCGCCAUCAAAGCAGGAGGCAAUAGCAGUCACGCCACCAUUCUUACUACCACUAGCCACAGCAAAGAGGUUGCCGGUGGUACCGCAACCAAUCCCGCUGCACAGGAUGGAAGCAAUGCUGCUCCCGGGGUCGUCGGUCCCAGCGAUGCUACCGAUGCGACGAGCAGCUGCGAUUCGGAUAAGGCACCGGCGGCAGCAGCAGCAGCAGCAGCCAUUGUCACCUCCAGUCCACCGGGGGCCGAUGAGGGAGCGGCUGCUGCCACGUCGGAUAGCUUCGCCUCGGUAGAGGUCGGUUCGACCGGUGGCACAUCUACGCCACUGGCGGCAGCAUCGCCUGCCUCCCUGACUGGUGGCGAUAUUGGUGGGCCGAAGCCGUUACCUCUGUCGGGAUGUGGUUCCUUGAUGGUCGCCGGCAGCAGCAGCAUCGUCGUGCCGAACGGUGAAGGUGGUGACAGUAAUCCCAACGUACCUGUAUUGUCAGGUACCGCUACUACGAUACCGCUUCGUGGGCGUGAUGUGACCGACAAACACGCCGUUGAUUAUCACUACCGAAUGCUGGAAGAGGAGCUGCAGGCGGUGAAGGAGUCCGAGGCAAAGAUUAAACAACAGUAUAGCGAGUCUCAGCGCCGGGAACGCAUCCUUGCACGGCGCGUCGCGGUACAGGAGCAGGAAAUGCGCGACUUUUCGAAACAAAUAGCGGAACUGAAAUCGGCCCAGGCGCCCGGUCCGGCUGCACUGCGAUCGGCCCUGCUCGAUCCCGCGGUCAAUAUACUCUUUCAGAAGCUUAAAGCGGAACUGCAGGCGACCAAGGCGAAGCUGGAGGAAACACAGAACGAGCUGUCGGCGUGGAAGUUUACGCCGGACUCGAACACCGGCAAGCGACUGAUGGCCAAAUGCCGAUUGCUCUACCAGGAAAACGAAGAGCUGGGCAAAAUGACAUCGAACGGCCGGCUGGCAAAGCUGGAGAGUGAGCUUGCGCUGCAGAAGAGCUACAACGAGGAGGUGAAAAAAUCACAGCUAGAGCUGGAUGAUUUUCUGCAAGAGCUGGACGAAGAUGUGGAGGGUAUGCAGGGUACGAUCGUGUUCCUUCAGCAGGAACUAAAGCAGACGAAGGACGCGCGGAACGAAAUAGAAAAGGAGGUGAUCCAGCUACGCGCCUACAUCGCGGCUAAUUUGGGCCCCUUCUCCGGCAGCGGCAACAACCCGACCAGCGGCAGUACGCCCACCGACGAGCGCAGCUCUUCGAUGAUGAUGAUGAUGGAUGUGCAGGACAGCAAUAGCAACAGUAACAGCCACGGACACGACGCCUACCACCAUCCGGACGGUGGCGGUCCGGACAGCAUCGGCGGUCGAGGCGUCAGGCUGGGUGAACUGGGCGGUGGUGUUACCCCGAUCUAUCUAGUGAACGGUGGUGGUGGUGGUGGUGGUGCUGGUGCUGGAGGUGCAAGUAGUAGUAGCGGCGGCACCGUGAUUGACGCCGCAAGCAGACUGGUGAAUAAAAGUUCAAGUAGUGGUGAUGAUCAAGAUUUGAUGGUGUACAGCAAUCGGACGCACUGUGGUGGCGUAGUUACGAAUAGCAAUGAGUUACGAACUACACCGACAACCGGUGCCGCUGGCGCUUUGCCUGCAGCAGCAUCGGUGGCGACCGCAGCAGCAGUAUCGUCCUUGUCUGCACUGCUGCCAGGAUCGGUGCCCGAUCCCGGCAUCGGCGGUGGCGGCAGCAGCGCCAACAGUAACACUGCGACAGUGAACGGUGGUGCGGCAGGCAGCGGUGGUGAACCGUUAGUUAAUGAACUGCAUGAUUCACUGGUGCCCAGUGAGGGCAUCAGAACAAGUGGCGGUAAUACCGAUAGCAAUAGUGGUGGAAACGUGGCCGACACCGGUAACAGUGUGAAUAGUACGAACAGCAGCAGCAGCAGCAGCAGCAGUCUCGCCGUUGCGAAGCAACCACACCAGCCGCAGCAGCAGCAACAGCAGCCACAGCAACAGCGAACUAACAACAAUGUGGGUCGAAACGGUGGACGAACAACAGUGGCCGCUAGAAAGCGCAAUUACAAUGAAACCGAGGUUGAUUCGGCCGAGCAAACCGACGGUGGUAGUGGCGGCGGUGUGGUCAGUAGUAGUGACGCUUACCGAAGCGAAAGUGGUGUUGACGGUGUGCUAGUGAUGGACGUUGGUGUGGCGGAAAGUAGUGCUACUAGUGGUGUCGCGAACGGGAAGCUGGCAAUUGCCGACGGUUCGCUCUUGCCGGAACAGCAGCAGGACGUCGAAUCGUCCAACAGCAACAAGCGCAUGACACGAUCGGGUAAGGGUAAGGCGGCUGCAGCCACCACCACCACCAUCUCCUCCUCCUCCACCUCCUCCUCAUCCUCAUCAUCAUCAUCGGCUGCGUCGAACGUGUUAAUGACGAGUGCGGCGAAAAAGCUUCGAAGAGGCUCGAUCGCUCCGGACGACGAGGUUGAUCCGUUGGCCGAUCCACAGCCAUCACCACAGCAGCAGCCGCAGCAACCGAUAUCGUCGGCAAACGGUUCGAAUUAGGCUCGAGUUCGUUUGGUUCGCGGUGUUACACACGUUGGGUAAGGACGCCUGCGAGCAUGUUUUCGGAAAUAGUACCAUUUCUCUUUAAGCAGCCGUGGGACGCGAAGGGAAGGGGAGGAAGCUUAUGUGCAUGACUGGUGUGUCUGACGAGGGAAAACUGCGAUCUCUACUCCUGUGGACAGAUUGCACCGAUGGGAAGUCAAGGCAAGGCUCAACAAGCAACUUAUAUCAGCUGUUUUCAAAUGGUGUCAAGCAAAACGAACUCGUGUGUUGUUCGCGCUACUCAUUACAUUAUUGCAAAGGCUCGAGGAGCGCGUGCUGCGCAGAAAGGAAUUAUGCGAUCAAUUAUCGCUCCUAGACAGGUAGGAUGCGCGUGGUUCGACAGCGGACAGCGGGGAAUGUAGCAAGUAAAAAGUACAUUUAAAAAGCAAAACAAACACAAACAGACAAAGUCGGGACGGUGAAACAGAUUAGGGGAAAGAACUCGAGAAAGUGAGCGAGAGAGUGAGAAGAGAAGAGAGAGAAAGGAGAGAACGUUGAGCUAAACAAACAACCAAUAUUGUGUAGGGUCACAGUAAAACAUACAAAAACACGAGAAAACAAGACAAAAAUGCUGCUAAAUAAAGAAAGUAAUUAAGUAAGCUAAACUGUAAUUAAUUGACUCUCUCUCACACAUCCUUUUUUGUUUGUUUGUAUGUGUGAAUUUGUUAUAAUCGUUUCGGCGAUCCGUAUCAAAUCGAAAGCUGAUCGCGAUUGAUCGUGCACGCUACGGAAUAUUGAACGUUUCUUGCGCGCUGUUGACUUUAAAUUUGUGAUUUUCUGUAGGAACAAAAAGGGUACAGGCAAUGGUUGAGAAAGGAUCAGAGUUGAAACGAUGCUACUCUUAGGCCAGAGAUGGAUUUGAUGUUACGUGUACUUUACGUCCUCGGAUCUGACACGAAGUUUGUUUGGUUUUUGAGUCUUGUGCCCUACAGUUUUUGCCUACUUGAAUGAAAUGGAACAAACAAAAUUGAAGCAAUUUUAAAUUCAUUUUUCGUUUACCGCCAAAAGAGCAUACUACAAAGCAGGAUAUCGUAUGAUUGCUGUUCCGUCCGGCCAUGCACAGUGUGAAUUAAGUAGUAGAUCUCGUCGUAUACUAUUUUUUGCAUCGAUUGAGUUAGUUUUGGCACGGUUUUUUUUAAACAAAAUUGGGAAUGUUUCUCGCCAAUGGCCAAUUGGUUGGCUUUGUAAUACGCGGGGCUUGCCAUUGUUCCUAAUGUGCACCCAGCGAAUGAAGAGACAGAGAGAGAGAUGGAGAGAACAAAAUCAUAGAGAUUAAAGACUCACACUUUAAGGGUUUUAGUUGGGUAGAAGCAAACGUUUUCUAUUUAAUUUUAGCUUGAUUUAGUUUAAUGCAAAUUUUCUUAACACAGCUAGCCAACCAGCCAGCCACCCAGCCGUGACGCAACAAGAAUAGGCGACAUGAGCGCGUAAUUCUAGAUAUUUUGAGCUGCCCUUUUUUGUUUGUAGUGUAAUGUGCUCAAGGAUUGAUUGUACAGGUGAAAGGCAGGACCACUCUCCACGUGUGGUGGAGGUGUAUGUACAGGAGGAAAAGAAAAACAAUCGGCAUACACAUUGUGCAGGCCGGCAUUCAUCUACCUGGGGCAGAGAUUGAGUUAACGAUCUGCGGGCUUUCGAUUGUCGGGAUCGUGAAUUCUUACCAUAAAGGCAAUAAAUAUCAUAGCAGAGAGGAGCACACACAAACACACACACAAACACACACACAGUAGAGUUUGAGUAUCACGCGAGGGCACGCCACGGCCACUGGGACGAGCGAUCGUGCCGAGGACAAUACUUAAUUUCAGCAAUAGAAAACGAAAGGACGCAACAGACAUACACCAACCAACAUAAACAUACAAAGGAGAAAUUAAAAAAAAAUAGUAACACACACAGGGGUUAGUAAACAAAAAGCUAGUAAAUUGUAGCACUGCAAUGAGUGGUUAACUGGAAUGAGAUGAACGAAACAUGAGAUUAAGUAAACACGCGCGCGUGUGUGUGUGUGUAGACAGUAGUAGACGAAGCAGAACAAGUACAUACGUUGAAUAGUUGGAUAAAAUACAGUAGAAGAGUUGUAACAAAACGAGUAGUAGAGUAGGAGAGGAACCGCGCAUACAAACAAAAACUGUCAAAUGACCUGUAAUUUAAAUUAUUUCAAAC